AAAGGGUUCAUAUGGUUUCGCUGGGACUGUGUGACACUGUGAACGAGUAUCUCACUAGGAAAUCUCCUCUGGCGAUCAGGCACACCAUGCACGCGGAAAGCACGUACUUUUGCAUGAAUUGUAUUUUAAUCUACUAAAGGGAGGAGGUCACACACGGGUAGGGUGAGCAUGGAAGCGGCGGUGGAGGCCGAAUUUCGGGAGAUCGACGAACAUGGCAGCUGGAAUGUCAUCUUCCAGGAAAUCCGUGAUCAGUCAACUGAGUUUCCAUGUGCCGUUGCCAGACUACCUGAAAACAAAACCAGGAAUCGCUACAGAGAUGUCAGCCCCUUUGAUCACAGUAGAAUAUGUCUGCAGUUAGGAACUAAUGACUACAUCAAUGCCAGCUUAAUUUCAGUGCAGGAGACCCAAAGAAGCUAUAUCUUGACACAGGGUCCUUUGCCAAACACCUGCGGGCACUUUUGGGAGAUGGUGUGGGAGCAGCAGAGCCGUGGCGUGGUCAUGCUGAACCGUGUUGUGGAGAAGGGCUCUGUGAAGUGUGCUCAGUAUUGGCCUUCUCAUGCUAACAGGGAAAUGGUCUUUGAGGACACAAACUUCAAGCUAACUCUGGUAUCCGAGAACGUGAAGUCGUACUACACCGUCCGACAUUUGGAAUUGGAGAAUUUAUCUACUCAGGAGACCAGAGAGAUCCUGCAUUUCCACUACACGACUUGGCCUGACUUUGGAGUACCGGAGUCUCCUGCCUCCUUCCUUAACUUCCUCUUCAAAGUCAGAGAGUCAGGGUGCCUAAACUCUGACCAUGGUCCUGUGGUGGUCCACUGCAGCGCUGGGAUUGGCCGCUCAGGAACUUUCUGCCUUGUCGACACCUGCCUGCUCUUGAUGUCCCUUCGCAAGGACCCGUCCUCUGUGUAUGUGCGGGAGGUUCUCCUGGAGAUGCGGCAGUACCGCAUGGGCCUCAUCCAGACGGCCGACCAGCUGCGCUUCUCCUACCUGGCGGUCAUCGAGGGCGCCAGGGUCAUUUCUGGGGACACGUCGGUGCAGGAAUCAUGGAGGGAACUUUCAAACGAGGAAGACCCCCCAGCAGAGUUGACACCCCCCCCUCCCCGGCCCCCAAAGCGCUCCAGCAGUACAAGAACAGGAUCCUUCCCUUUCCCAGGACCGGGUGACGAGCAUGUCAAAGCACAGCACAAUUCCCAAGCUAAUGGCUCCAUGCCUGAACCCGAGCUGCGGAGGAGGGCACUGGCUGAGGCCGUUGAUGUGGCCACCGUCCCCUCAGUCGCCACAACUGUUGCUGGAGUUUCCGCGUCUGCUUCUGAUGGUGUGACAGAGAGCCAUGCUGGACUCAGAGUGCCAAGCUCUGAAGAUGACGAGGCCCUACCUCAGAGACGGGAGAGGGGCGAUCAGGACCCGUCGGACAGUGGCAGCCCGCCACGCUUGUUGAGCCCCCUACUGGCCACUAUGUGCCUUGGUGUUGCCCUAGCAUUGGGAGUCUACGUCUGUAGUCGGCCUGGUUUCCACUGACAUUGUCGUUUGCUCUCCCUGCGUGUGUGUGACCGAGGAGAGGUGGACUCCAUUUGCUGCGUACAGUCGUUCUGCUAGUUUGGGCGCAAAGCAGGACUCGCACUGGAUCUCUGGGCCUCAUUUACGCCCCCUGUUGUUUCUCCUCAUGAGGCAGAUCAGCGUUUGUGGAUUCAUCCAUUACACUUAACACCCUAAAGGAUAAACUAAAUCCAACCUUAACCUUAAAUCCAAGGGUGGUUAUCUGGGUGAGUGACCAUGUGUCCACCAGUAUAUAACCACUCAAACCAACAGUAAAGUAACAUGGUGUUUUGUUUUUGAUUUUUUUUUUUUUUGCUUUGUACAAUAUUUUUGUAAUAUUCUCCUGUUUUGUACCUAUAUCAGGCGAAAGAGGAAUUUGGUCAGCAGACAGAAAUUUCCAUUUGUAGUCUGCAGUAUACUUAUGGUACUUUAAUGAAAGUGAAAAUAUGUAGUCUUAAAUUUUGCCUAUGUGGAAAUGUGCACUCUGUGUGGGGGGGGGGGGGAUUCCAUGGUUAACCCUCUUAACAUUACAGUUUUACAUUGGUUAUAGCAAACCCCCUUGUUUAGGAAACCAAAGUCAGUAUCUUGCAUCUUUCUGAAUGGUUUCUUCUAGUGUCAGCCCCCUCCCCCCCCCCAGGUUAAGCAGUUUACCCUGAAUAUUUGCUUAAGAUGAGAGCUAGAAGCAUCAUGACCCCCGUGCAGAGCUGGAAUGGGCCGUCUCUGGUUCAUGGUCAUGCCUUUUUCACAGAAUCACUGUCUGCUGCUCAGCUGUCGUGUCGUGUGAAGCCUGCCUGCAAUCCCACAUGCUAGCUUGGGGAUUUGGGGGGUUAUCCCUCUUUAAUCACAAUAAGUCUACUCAGAUAUCUCAUCUCUACCUAUUAGCAGGCACUCUCACACAUCCAGUAAGAGCUCCACCCAGAAAUGGGAGGUGGGGGGCAGUCUGGCAGUAAGUGUUAAUGCCGAAUGCGUCUUUCGGACAUGUAAGAAAUCUCCACCCUGCGUAUUCCGUCUCUCUACGGUUUGACAGUUACAAAACCUAAAAGGCCAUUGAAAAUGUUGUAUGUUUUGGCCGGUGUGGGCCUUUUUGUGCACCAGGAAGGCUUGUGCAUAACUUUGCCAGCAGCCUGUGGAGAUGUGAAGGAGCUAAGCUUGUAACCAAAUUGUUGCCAGGUCAAGGCCCUUCGGUCUUGCGCAAGGUAGUCCGUCUGUAUCGCUUUCGUAAUCUCUUUGGCUGAAUAAAUGAAAUUUUUUACUGUCCGUGUAGAUUUUAUUGGAGAGGAAAAAAUGGUUUUAAGGUUAGAGACACACAGGCUGAAUUCUAAUCGAGGAAUUAGAGGAGACACCCUGGAGGGGAUGUCGGUCUAUUACGGGGUACAGAUGUACACACUAUAAGCGUUUUAGAAAUCGCAGUUCACUUAAGUGAACUGUUAUUGUACUGCCGGUGAACAUCAGAGCCCCCUGUGGAAAUGCGUGUCCCCCCAAAAAAGAAUAUGCAAACACACACACACACAGCUGGAAGUGGGAAUUAAACCAACCGCCCUGGAGACCACAGAACGGCCUACAGAAUCAAUGUAUUGCUCGUAAUGUGUUUAAUGGUAUAAAAUGUAUAAUGUCACACUGUACUUUUUUAAACUGAUAAAUUAAUGAUUAACUAUU